UCAUUUUGAUAGCUAAACUUUAGAGUAGAUUAUUGUUUACAGUUUCAAUCAAUCAUUUUAUACUUUGAAUAAGUGAAAGACACUCUGGAAAAAAUAAAAAAAUUCCCAGGAUUGUUCCAAAGGAAGAUUUAUGUAUUUUCUUCUUCAACGCUUUUUUCUUUGUUAUUAAUGGUGACAAACCACCAGGAAUCUAUGAGCAGUGUUGGAAGGAGGCAUGGAUGAAAAAAAAAUAAUGGGAAACAAGUGGGGUUAUCACUGAAAACCAGGCUUUUUUGUUUUCCCUGAUAGUUUAUUAUGGAUAAUUUUCCAAAUCAAACAGGCCCUUAAAAAGAUCUUCCAUGGAUCACUAAAAGUUGUAGAACCUGCUGUUCUGGUCUGGGUUUGAAUCCAUGAAAGCAUUUCACCCUUUUCUUCUUGUGAAGAAGCAAGUUUAUAAGGCAAUGGAUGAGAAGAGAAUUUCUGGUUCAUGUCUAAUCAUCUCCGAAGACAAUAAAAGUGACAGCUUGUAUCCAAUGUGUUUUGGUGUUUCUUGUGCUUUCUUUGCUCUCAGAUUCCUCAUAGGAACCGAAAAGGGUGAUGAGAAAUGGUGUGAAUUUCGUGAUAAAAUGGUUCAAGGAAGUGCCCAGCUCUUGGGGUUGCUUGCAUGGAGAAUCCACAGAGAAGAAGUCAAUCUAGCAAAGGCUGAACUUGUUCAAAAGCUUGAGACGGCUGAGAAAGAGAUUGAGGAGUUAAAGAAAAUGAGACAUGAAGAUGCAAAAGCGAAUGAGAAGGUUGUCGGCAUCUUUGCAUCACAAGAGCAAGGAUGGUUGAUUGAAAGAAAGAAGCUUCGGCUGCAAAUUGGAGCCCUUAUAAAUGAAUUGAGAGUCCUGGAGAAGAAGAAAGAUGAUGAAAUUGCUGGCUUGAAACAAAAAUUGAAUGAAAUGGAAAUCUUGGUGAAGUCUAAGGAUAAGAUGAUUGAAGAAAUGGAGGUGAAAGGGAAGGAAUUAGAAGAGAAGGCAAUGAAGUUGGAAAGUGUUGCUCAAGAAUUGAGGGAAACAGCAAAGCGUGAAGCUCAGGAGCAUUCCAAUGAGAUUUGGAAACACAAAACUGCUUUCAUUGAGAUUGUUUCAAAUCAAAGGCGACUUGAAGCAGAGAUGGGGCGAGCCUUUAGGCAAGUUGAAGCUACAAAAAUGGAGCUUGAUGCUGUCCUAGAACAAAAGGCGGAAUCAGUUGUGUUGGCACAAAAGCUGUCCAUGGAAAUCACAAAAAUGCGCAAGGAUUUGGAGCAAAAAGACAAGAUUUUGUCCGCAAUGUUAAGGAAAUCGAAGUUAGACACAGCAGAGAAACAAUUGCUUUUGAAAGAAGUUAAAGUAUCAAAGGCAAAGAAGAAGCAAGCUGAGCUAGAAACAGAAAGGUGGAAAGCAGUCUCUGAGACUAGACACGAGAGACAUUCAUUGAAGGGUAUGUUCAGUAACCAAGCCCAAGCCAGUGCAAAAUUGGAUUAUCCAGAACUGAAAACAGACCCAGAAGCCUUUUCUCUUCUUCCAGAUUGUCAAUCUCCACAAGGAACUGAGGAUUUAGUGGUGACAGCUGAUGUUAAAAGGCUGGAAAGUUGGGUUCGAGCGGAGGCAGAAAAGUAUGCCAAUGUGAUUGAGAAAAGACAUCAUUUGGAACUGGAUGCAUUUGCUGAACAAAUGAGACUGAAAGAUGAGAAGUUAGAGGGUUUUCGCUGGCGACUGUUGAGCAUGGACCUAGAGUCGGAGCGGUUGCAGUCCCAUGUUGAAGGACUGAACCAGGAUGUGUCUCAGCUCAGACAAGACAACAUGAAAUUGGAGGCCAUGCUAUUGGAGAGAGAAGAAGAAUUAGAUUCCUUGAAGGAUCAGUUUGCAUCACAAUUAAAGCCUAUGAGUUGUCAAAAGAGUGACAUAUUAAAUAUAUCUCUGCACGAUCCAGCUUUGACACAUGAUUCCUUUUGGCCUAAAGUCAGGAUUGUAAAGAAAAAGGCAGCCGAGGAGCAAAAAAAGAAAACAAGCUUGCUAGAUAAAGAAGAGGUAAUCCCAUCUUGCAAAGACUCCAAAAACAUCAGAUUGAUUGUUCAAUCACCUGAAAAGGAUUUUGAAGAAGAAAGAGAGUCUGUCGACCCUGAUUCACUCCAGAAAGAAACUAAUGAUUCAUUGGUGGUGGAUUGUGUUGACCAGUCGAGAGGUGCUAGUGCUAAAACCAAAAACAACCCAUGGAGGAUGGAUCUUCAAGCUCUUGGAGUUUCUUACAAGAUCAAAAGGUUGAAACAGCAACUUCUCAUGCUUGAGAGGUUAAAAGGAAAGCAAGAAAGUGGAGAGGAUAUGGAUGGAGGUGACAAUGGGAUCAAAGGGUUUCUAUUGUUGAUCUCUUUGCUUAAUAAACAAGUCAGCCGCUACCAGUCCCUUCAAGGGAAGACUGACGAUCUCUGUAAACGGAUGAAUGAGAAUGAGGUAGACGCGAGUCAAGGAGAUUGCAGCAAUGCGAAAACGAAAGUAGGAACCACCAGAAGCCUGGAGCAUUUCCUAGAGGAGACAUUCCAGUUGCAGAGAUAUAUGGUUGCAACGGGUCAAAAGUUGAUGGAAAUUCAAUCCAAAAUAGCCUCUGGGUUCAAUGGGGUGGAGCUAGACAAGACAGCCACCUUCGACAUGAAGCAAUUCUCUGAUAAUAUUAAAUCUUUGUUUCAGGAAGUUCAAAGGGGUCUUGAGGUCCGAAUAGCUCGAAUCAUUGGAGAUCUUGAAGGAACAUUGGCUUGUGAGGGAAUGACAGAUUUUAGAAGGUAGGAACAGCAUUGUAGGAAAGUAAAAGCUUAAAUAAGGAUUAUUGUACCACUUGUUCUUCUCCAUGUUGAAUAUCUAUAAUCCAAUUUGUAUAUAUAGUAGCAUUUACUGAUUUUGGUUUA